AUGGAUCACUUGCCAAACUACCGUGCUUUGCUGACAGACACCUGGUGGGUCAGCGGCCGAGAGAUGUUGACAGGGACGAGGUGUUUUGUUGUGGCUGAAGAGGCACAGAUGCUGGACAUGUUGGCACAGGCAUGGCCGAAGAAGUACGUGCAGCUGAUGGAGCGGAAGAUUGGUGAGUUCAAGGAUCCGGAUGGCUCCUACCUUCAUCUCGCAGCCAAGGAAGGUCAUUUGCCAAUCUUCCGUUUGGUGCGCCUCUUCUCUGACUCCAAUCAGGUUCAGAUUCGUGCCGCACGCGCCAACGAUCUGAUGACGCCGCUGCAUGUGGCGGCGCAACAUGGGCACCGCCUGGUGUGUGAAACCAUUAUGGACCAGAAGGCACCGGUGGACACCGAGGAUUGUGAGGAGCGGCUGCCGCUGCAUUUGGCACUGCAGCACGGACACUUCCAGUUGGCGCGCAUCUUGCUGGACCGAUUAGAGCAGGUGCAAACCUCCUAUGGCGCCCACGAAAGUGGCCAAAGGAAGAAGAACUUGGUGGAAGCCUUGGCCAACAGGAUGUUGACCAAAGAAGGCCUUCAAGAAGAUGACUUCAAAGCGGAGGUCUACAAGAUCUUCCUGGAGAUGAGAUAUUUUCGCAAGGAGGAACAAAACGAGAUCAAUCGGCAGAUGGCUGCUUUGCUGAGUGUCUAUUGGGUGAUCUCGGAGCAAUACGAGCUCUUCACGCGAGAACAGCCCGAAAAGGACAAGUUGAGACCUGAAUCCUGGCAACAUAUGUUGGAGUGGGUCAAUGAGGUUGGCUUAACAUCGAAGCGCGUGGCGGCCGUCCUGGUCUACUGUGCCAUUGUGGCAAUCGGCAAGAUCUCGGCCUUUCAAAAGGAGUUCGCGGCCGAAGCCACCGAACCCAUCGGCGCGUUGGCCAGCAUCGUGCAACGUCAUCCAGUGUUGGUGCCCUCCUUUCAACGUUUGGACGAAGAAGAGCAAAACUUGAUCGUUUACUGUUUGAAGGCGCAAGCACACUUCAACUUUGGUCAGUUUCUGCAGGCUGAAAGCUUGCCAAUGAGCUUAGCCAAGUGCAAGGACUCGGUCACCACCCGGGAGAACUCUCGGCCUGCUGAUGUUUGGGAGGAUAGGGAUGAACCGCACUGGGACAUGAAGCUGAUUGGUUCUCACCAAAGCUACGCUUGCCUAGAGACCUUUUUGCUGCAAAGGAGUUCUCCUUCCUGCAAGACUGCAAACAUGUUCACGUACGUGGAUUUGUUGAAUUCGCUCUCUGGGUUUGCCUUUGCGCUCGAGCGGGAAUUUUUGUGCAAUGACCAAUCACCUCAGCGCGUCCGCCGUGAGAGAGUGAUUGAAGACAAUUGA